CCCCCACCGAGGGAGGAUGGGAUUGUUUUGAGGGUGCGAGCUGAGUCGUGCCAUAGUCGGAGGCAGACAUCGGAGCUGCACGGCUGUGCCUGUGUGUGUGUGUGUUCGUAUGUGUGUGUCUGUGUCUGCACGCAUCAUGCUCCCGCUUGGAUGCUAAUUCUCCUGCUCCUGAUCGGACUUAAAGAGUACAGCUGGGGUGUCAUUUUUUUUUCGGGGAGGGGGGCUGCAUGCUGGGAGCUCCGCCAGGGAAUCACAACAGUAUUACUAAUAAAAGGUGGGGGUGGGGUGUCGGAGAGGGUCGUGGGGGGGAGGGAUAAUCUUACACCACGCUUGAGCGAUGUUCAGCGGGAUUCUCUGUGUGGUCACAAAGGCUUUUCCCUCUCGCUAAAGGACCGAUGGGGGGACGCGGUGGCGGCUUGGCAUGCUUGAAUCCCACCUCGGCGUCCCAGACCUUUUUGGUGACCGCUGCCAGAUCCACCGAGGACCCCCCUACCCCUACCCUCCGUUUGCCCCCUAAAGCCGCAAACAUCCUCCACAUGCCCGGUCUAUACCUUUGGCCGCUCGAGUGUCUUCAUCCCUUCUGACGCCUAAAUGAGCUCUUUGACCUUGUUGCUCCGACGUCACCCCCCGAGCCCCUGUAUAUUCCGUCAUGUUCCAUCACUGGGGUUGAUCGGACGACUUUCACUCUCCCGUUCCCAACCCUCGUCCCAAUCGCCCGUCCUCUGACCCCUACCCUAUUUACCCUCUUUCCCCCCAAAACUGCUUUCCCCCGCAUGACCAUGUGGCCAUGUGUCUGCUGGCUCCAGCCUGUCCUCAUGGUGCUGACCUCUGUGUUCUGGACCCGUGGGGAGAACUGCCCAGCGACCUGCUUGUGCCCGGACCCCCACACGGUGGACUGCAGCGGCCGCGGGCUGACCCACCUCCCGGAUGAGAUCCCCCUCGACGUCCGCCGGCUCCUGCUGGCCGACAACUGGAUACCCCGCAUCCCCUCCGACUUCCUGGUUCUGUACAGUGACUUGGUCUACCUGGACUUGCGGAACAACACGUUGUCAUACAUUGAGCCGGGGACCCUCAGCACCUCUUCUCGGCUGGUCUUCCUGGACCUUGGCAGCAACAACUUGACAGAAAUCCCCAAGGGCACUUUCGGGGAGUCCCGGAGCUUGAUCAAACUUCGACUGGGUAACAACCCCUACCUGAGCAUGGUGAACGAAGACGCCUUCCUAGGACUCACCUCGCUCCGGGAAUUAGAACUGGAGCGUAACGCUCUUUCAAGCCUCAAGGUGGGCGCGCUAAGUCAGCUGCCCUCCCUGCGGGUGGUGAGGCUGGAGGGCAACCCUUGGGUGUGCAACUGCAACUUUUCCAGUCUUUUUGCGUGGCUCAUGGAGAACAGUCAAAAGCUUCCCAAUGGAGUGGAAGGCAUGGAGUGCUCUCUCCCCACGGAUGGCCGCCGCGUGUCCCUGACCCAGCUCUCCAAUGACAGCUUCCGCGAGUGCCAGGCCAGCCUGACUCUGACGGACCUGCUCAUUAUCAUUUUCUCGGGCAUUUCCGUGUCUGUGGUAGCCAUCAUGACCAGCUUCUUCCUGGCGUCCACCGUUCACUGCUUCCAGCGCUGGAGUAAAGGUUCCAAGGGUGAUGAAGAGGAGAGCGAGGAAUGACAAGUAUGUGCUUUUAUAAAGGGCUGGUCUGAUCCAGAUGUUUCUCACGUGGACAAGACUUCGCAAAACGGAAGCGUGAGAUGAGGUGACAGAUUUGUGCUGCUUCCUCCCUGCUGAACGUCCUUCCGAGACUUGGAAUCAUUUGGUAAAAUUGUUGAUUUCUUUGCUAAGAGGCAUCUUGACAUGAUAUGAAAAGUCACUCCUGAGGGAUAUGAUACUAUUAGUGGGCUGCUCAGCUCCACUCAACAUGACUUUGAAUUUUUCAAACAUAGCUUGGGUAGCAAUUUCCAUGGUUUGCUUAAAAAAAUAAAGAAAUAAAAAAAAUAAAAAGAAACCGCAGGGAAAAGUUUGGGCUGUGUUCACACCUGUAGUUUGGCAUUCAUGUCCUGACCAAAGUUAACAAAGAGGUACAUGGAUUUGGUGUUUUUGAGUUUUUAAUAUCAAUACCCUUAUGGUAAAGAAAUGAUUUUCUCAAAAUAUGAAUUCCCCAAAUCAGCAGACUUGCAAGAAAAUUCAAAAUACAAAAUUUUAAUUUCUUAUAUACAGGUGUGUCUCAAUAAAUUACCGUGAUUUUCCAUGCAAAAUACGCCCCCGUGCAUAAUACGCACCCUAAAAAUGGCAUGUCGAUGCUGGAAAAAAUCCUGUACCCAUGUAUAAUACGCACCCAAAUUUUGACUCUUACUUAAGUCCGUAAACGUAAAAUUAUUUAUGAAAAAAGAUCAUCUUUGGCAACAACCGGAUGUUAUUCUGCCGGUCAGUAUCACUGCGCAUGCGCUGGCAAACUCGAUAGCGGAGAAAUGUUUCGGAUUUGUGUAGGGUACAUUGUGACAGCAAACGAGCAGGUGAUCGACCAAGCGUCUGAUACGAGAGCAUUGUGUUCGUAUGGAGCGUGUUUGAAGUGAACAGCAGAGAAGAGAGGAACAAGGCAAAGUGUUGUGAAAUACAAUAUUACCUGUAAUACGCAUUUAGGUAGAGAACUGCACUCUCGCUCUUUAUAUAGCUGACGUGUCUUGCGCAUCCGUUCUGCGCAUCUGUAAUGGCUGCCUCCGUAUGAUAUCCGGUUUGCGAUGGAGAUUAAAAAACAAACAAUAUUUGACAAUAACACACCAGCAAGGAUUGCACCAUCGCAUCAAACGAUGUGUCGUCAAUUAUGAAUUUUACUGACUAAGUGUCUUGGGCAGGAUGGCUGAAUGCAAUGCGCGAUUGACAACAAACAAGAAGAAAGGUGUGAUUUCAAGUUUUAUUUCGAGGGAAAUUUUCUUAAAAAAUUGUUGUAUCCAUGCAUAAUGCGCACCCCAGAUUUUAGGACAAUAAAUUAGCUACAUUUUGUGCAUUAUGCAUGGAAAAUCACGGUAGAAUAUGGAGGAAAACUAUUUCACAAAUUGAACUGAAAAAAUCAAACCUGCAAACAAGUGUGAACACAACCUUUAUAAUGAUAUUUUCAGAGGGUUACAGUUGAUCAUACCCAAGGAAAUAUACGAAAGAUGUCAUACAGACCAAUGACCUCAAUAUUUGACCUAUGACAUCACAUCCUGUCAUUCACGCUGACUUUUUUUUCUAAAAAAAAAAAAAGACAUGUACAGCGCACAGGCAGAUUUCCCGGUAUAUUAUAUAUACUAUGUAGUCACACAAAUAUAUGUGCACAAUUCAAACAAUCAUCGUAUAAAUCCAGAGAAUAUACUCUUUCUUUAGCUUGAUGUAGAAAGAUGAAAUAGCUCUGAGUAUAACCCUCACAGUUAGAGCAACAAAAAAAAGUGGUAUAAUUAAAGAAGAGUACGUGUACAACUAUUGUGUCAAUGAAUGCACUUUAAAUGGUGAAAUUAUCAAAUAAUGUGACAGCCCUAAUUACACCAUUCCGACUGGUUUUGUCCUCAUCUGCCAAAGAUCAGGUUGAAGUGAAAAGAGCCUUUAGGAUUUUAAUUUACUCCAUUUUUCUUCUUUUAUUCAUUUCAGUGUUUCAAAUUCAGUGAGCCAUCAUUGUCAUAUUACUGCCAGGCCACUUGAGGCCCUCAGACUUCAUCAUGAAAUCUUUCCAUUUAAGAGUGCCCAUUAGAAGUCACUUAAUAAAUGAUCAGCAUUAGACUGCCGAUCCCUUGUUGUGCUUUUAGAAACGUUCUUCGAGCAUAUGAAGCUAAAGAGAGGUUUGGUUAACUAAAGUAUGACAGUCACAUUUUUCAUUCUGAUUGAAGGUGGCAUGAAUGAGUUAAUUGCAUUCUGGAUCUGGGAAUGCUGAAAACGGGUAUAUGUAAAAGCAUUAAAGCAUUCUUCUGCAGUGAAAUGGAAAUAAUUGUGUCACGCUGAGAGAAAGGAAUGGAAAGAAUCACACAAAAAAGAACUAGAUAAAUGUUAUUGGAACGGUGUGUUCGUUGGUUUGAAAUGAACGGUGGUGACCUUGAGGGUGAAGCAUUCUCAGCACAAAGCAACAUGACAGCGGUAAAGUGAUGGACACACAUAUACCGACAAUCAUGCCAAAUUUGAAUAUUCCCCCCCCCCCCUUCAGGUCAAAGUUAGCAAAUGCCUACAGAAAAGAAAGAAAACAGUUGAGCUUGGCAAUCAUAAAUUUCAAACACUCAAUAUAGUUAUGAUGGCAAAUCCAAUUUGGGUCGAUUUGGGGAUUGUGAACACCAGUGAACACUUGAUGUUUCUCGGUCUCAAUAUGGCGGCUGACUUCUUCCACAACAGAAAAUUGGAUGCCAAGUAGUGAAAAUCAGCUAAUUCCCCAUUAGUAGGUUUAUAACCACCUAAAGGUGCUAUCAAAUCACAGCAAAGUUCUACAUGAAGCUCCUCAACUCAUUUAAACGUUGUUUCUGGGCACAACGAUGCCAAAAGAUGGCACCAAAACAAUAUUUUUAUUUUUGGCAGAGCUUUGGCCUGAGCACGGAAAUGAAUUAUAAAUUUAUGGGCAACAGGAAAAGCUCUUGGGUUUUUAUUCUUCUCCCAGGGCUAAUUUUAGACGAUCGGAUAGAAUAGAAUGUUGGAGAACCAAAACCAUGAAAGAUCUGGGCUAGCAUUUUUUAUGUCGCUUAUCUCCUUGGGUUUUAAAGUACGUAUAUGUCUUGUAUUUUGCUUGGCUAGCUAACCAGGCUUAGUGCUAACUUGGACCUGUUUGCAUCCUCUUCCAUUUCUUUAGACAUUACAAAUACAAAUCCUAAGCCUAAUUAGGAUACAUAAACAUGAAUUUAGCUAGCUUAAAUGUUCCGGAAUCAAAUAGUACAAAUUCCCACGCCGCUAAGUAUGAUUUUCUCCUUCAAUAAAUGUUUCUUUCAGUGUAGUGGAAGGAAUCCAAGAGGGACUUUGUUUUUAUACAUAUCAUUCUGGGUUCCAACUACUGUGUAGUUGGUGUACUGACAAAUUCUUACGUUAGCUUAGCUCUUGGCUCUUGACGCAUACGUUCGCAUGACAUGACUUCACGACCUCUUUUGCAAACACCGAGACAUUCGAGCAUGCACUGCUGCAUUAACUACCCUUAGAUUCAUGUCUAUUUUUAUAUUGAACCUUUUAGAAUGGUUACUGCCACGCUCUCCUGGGUCAGUGUUGACAUUGCGGACUUCCAGUAGCCACCUCUGUCAUAUGGCUUUGAUAGAUGCAUAUCGAAGCUGCCCUAUCUUAAAGAGAGGUGACCGGUCAGAAUCAAAUUGAGAUUAUAAACAUCAAUGACCGCGACGGCGUUGUCGCACAUGAAUGCAUUUGAAAAUGUCAAACACGUCAUAUGUGUAGCUGUACUCUGUUUGAUUAAAAAACAAAAUUAAAAACUUUUUUUCUGUCUA